GGUAGUUCCUUAUUAUUCCUUUGAGUCCAGUUCAAGUAAUUCAAGUUUAAUGUAAUGCCUGGCUCAGGAUGAGGUUAAAGCUCUACCCACAAGGAUAAACGCUCAUGUGCGCAUAGGAAAAGAUUACUUGCCUCCUAUUUCUGUAACGCAAAGCUCUUUAAAUGACUUAGCCGUGUGAGUGUGUCUGGAUGAAUAGAAAGAUGCAGCUCUAGAUCCUUGACUUCUCUGAGUAUUACCACGGUUGACGUGCUCUGAACGGGACUACCUUAAGAAAAACACAAAGACAGUGAAAAGACUUUCAAAAUGCUGGUGACAAUGCUAACAGCCAUGUACAUGAUGGUGAGAGUGGCUGAACAGCUGGGUGUUCGGUGGGUACGUCAACAGGAACCUCUUCCGUACAUGGUGUCUCAGCCACUGCCAUGGCAGGUCCACUCUGUCUCCCACAGUCGGAAAGGAAGUCGUUCAGAGGAGUUUGAGGGCCAGAGAAGGAACAGCAUAGGAGUUUACAGAAAGAAUUCCUCUUCCAGUAAUGGACACACCAAAUCCUCUGCUGACAAGGCAGCAACUACAAUUCAGCACCAGUACAGGAAGUACCAGCAAAAGAAGCAGAAAGAAGACCACAAAUGAAAGAUCAACCAUGCUAAACUGUCCAUUUCAUGCUGAUCAUGACCCCAUAUUCUCCUCUCUGAACCUUUUAACCCCAGCAACUGUCCACACGCAAACCUGGCCACAUUAGUAUUAAAGGAUGACACCUGUGAGCGGCACAGUCACGUUUUCUGAUUACAGAUAGCUGACACCUGCACGAAAACACACGUUCAGACAAUGACAAACAUUUCAGACCAUUUGCUGAUAACGGACGCCACAAACUUCAGACACAUGUACUCACAGACUAUAAGAUCUGUGUGAUAAAUAAAGAUGAAAUGUACACAAAACAUGAGGACUACAUGCAAUAUAAUGUAGAGCAAAAUAUAGGAAUCUACUCACACACAACUGACAAUGCCCUCUGAGUUUUUGUCACAUCUAACUCUUCUAAUGUAUGAACUUUUAGGUUCAUACAUUAUGUAACAAUGAAUAUACUCUCAGUGAAACAUUAAUAUGUUACAUGUUACGUGGGUAUGUGCCUGGGUGAGGAAGCGCAAUGUGCCUAGGUAGAAAGCAAUGUGAAAAAUACAUAUCUGUCAUGUGAAAGCCUGCAGAGAGCACUGUGUAUUUUUCAACUGAUGUAUGAGUGAUUUUUAUAAACAGCCAUGGCAACCUACAAUCACAUUCAUUAAACAUUUUA